AUGACUUCCAUUCAAGAGGUGAGACGGGGAGUAGAAAGGGGCGGGGGUCAGAAACCAGUUAAAAUAGUAGAGAACUUAACCAGUCAGAACCCAGAAAGAGGACCAGAUUCCCCGUCUAAUCAAAAAGAGGGGGCCAGUCCAGAUAUUCGCACAGACGCAAGAACUUCCAGGCUAGCCGACAGUCAAGUCAACCAGCCUAGCCCACUGGUCGAGCUCUCAGACAGCGCCACCUGUCAGUCUGUUGCUGGUUCCGACUCGGACGAGACCCCCCGGCCGCGGAGCGGGGAGAAAGCCUCAACGUCCGAGCACUCGUUUUCCGGGCCCGAGAGCAUGGACUACGGGCGGCCAACGAGAAGGGGGGGGCGACACAAGCUCCGGUUUCUGGGGGCAGUAAAGCAGCGGAUCAAGCGCGCGUUCUCGUUCUCGCUCCCGCGUGCGGCGGCGCUCGACGAAGUGCUCUGCGGGUUGCAAGAAGCAAACGGGGGGCAGCCGGUCCCCGAGGUCCUGAAAGGGGACAUCCGCGAGCAUUAUGAGAAGCUGCCGGUCGCGUACGCCGAGGCGAUCUUCCCCCCCGACGAGGUUUUGCUCCACAUGCGUUUGUUGCACGAGGCUGCGCAGCACCCCGAAAGCGCGCCCCUCUUACAUUUGUCCUCGUUCCAGACCUACUCGGGCUUCCUUUCCCUCCUCUCGUCAAAGAAAGCCAGGAAGCAGUUGAACCGGCGGGCAGCUUCCAUGACUCUCGAGCGGCGGGCGCCGAACCGAAACCUCUCACUUAAUGACCUGGUUAGUGCUAACCAAUCCCUGGGGGCCGGGGUUUCGUCGGAGUCGCCUUCGGAGAGCGGCUUCUCUCCGUCAGAGGCGUCGGUAACGUCAACCGAGGAGGACUUUUUGACGGAUGACGUCAGCUGCGAGACCGUGAUGCACUCGGUUGUGUACGCUGACGUCAGCCCGGUCAACGCGGAGGAGCUGACGGGAGUGCUUCGGAAACGGGGGCUGAAAGUGAAGAAAGCGAAGGCUUUCCCGGUCGCAGGGGGCGCGACGCUCGGGAUGCUCCUCCUCAAAGGGGGCGUGGCGCACGAUCUCCGUGCGACGAUUCGAGGGGGGUUUGCGGAAGCGCGCGAGCUGUCGAAACCUAAGCUGAAACUGACGAUCCCGCACCCCCCAGGGAUGGAUUCACUAACCCACGUGUUGAAACAAGGGUUUGGGCGCACGGCGAGCACCGGCCGGUUGGCGGCGGGGGGGAGCGACUCCCCUCGGUGGGACUUUGGAGAGAUUGAGCAGUGGAUCUCUGAGUCUGGGUUAGAGGGGGGGUCAGUGGAGGAAGAAACGGAGAAGACGGUCAAGGGGAUCGAAAACAUGAUGUCGGGGAAGGGGCCAAUGGGGUGCUGGCUGCUGGACCAGAAGCAGUUACAGAUGGGGGAGAAAUUCGCGGACGGAGCAUCGGGGGAGGUGUACCGGGCCGUGUAUAAGGGGGAGGAGGUCGCGGUGAAGGUGCUCCGGGGGCGCUUCGGCAGCUCGGCCCAGGGCAAGACCUCGACGAAGUUCCAGCAAGAAGUGGCGGCCGUCAGUCUUGGCCACCGCAAGACCCACCUUCAAUCCGUAAUCUUCCUUAAUCCCUUCUACUACUACUACUACUACUACUACUACUACUACUACUUCUUCUUCUAA